GGAGCAAUUUGGGUUUCAGCCUGAAGUAGCGAGUUGACACACCGUUAAGGCAGCUGCUAUAUGUUCUUAAGACCCUGUUUGCGUUUUAAUGAACUGCUCUUUACUUGGUUGUGCUGUGCACGCGGAUUAUGAGCGCGCGGGACGGAGCUGCUCCAACCCGCGGCAGCUGCUGAGCCAGUGUGAGUCAUCUAUAUGGGCCAUCUUCUCUCAACAAAUGGCCUCCGCUUGAAGAAGAGACCGCAGACGCUGCGCAAGAAGAAGAAGAGGAGGAGCUGCUUUCUUCGGGGCCCGUGCAUGCUCUGCUUCUUCAUCCGCAGCAACAGCAGUGACAGCUUCGACGCUGAGUGCCAGUCCGACUCCAGACUGGCCAAGCUGAGCUCGCCUGAGGACUGUGCCAAAUUUCUUCUGUCGCCAGCCGAGUUGGCAGUGUGGGAGUGCCAGGGCCGGAGCCUGCUCUCCUCCGUGCCAGCUAGGCUCAUUGGACCACCAGCGCUCUUCUGCACCGACUACUCGGAGAUGGUGUGUAAGCGCAAGAGUGGCGAGCCGCAGCCACUGGCUCCAUGCAAGCAGCCGCGCUGCACUUCACAGGAGACAACAGAGAGUGAAGAGGAUGAGAAGAAUGCCAGCCAGGCCCUACUACCCCAGCUCUGCCCACUGCCUUCCUCCUCCUCGUCUUCCCUCUCAGAGGAGCAGGAGAGCUCACUUGUGGGGCUUCAGGUGGACUCAGGUCAUAACUUAAGCAAUGACAAGAACCCUGAGAUCUCCUCUUCCUCUUCCUCCUCUUGCCUUCUCACCCACAGUAGUGUGGCAGAGGAAGGCAAGAGUGCUGAGAUCAUGGACACGUCCCGAAUCAACCACCUACCUUCGUCCAUACUACUCAAGGUUUUCUCUCACUUGUCGGUGAAGGAGCGUUGUCUUAGUGCCUCUCUGGUCUGCAAAUAUUGGCGUGACCUCUGCUUAGACUUCCAGUUCUGGAAGCAAAUUGAUCUCAGUGGGCUGAGACAAGUGAGAGAUGACCUCCUCGUGAAGAUUGCAUCCUGGAAACAAAAUGUGACGGAACUGAACAUCUCAGACUGCCGGAACGUUGAGGACUAUGGUGUAUGCACUCUAGCCUCUCAGUGUCCUGGACUGCUGAAGUACACAGCCUACCGUUGCAAACAGCUCAGUGAUGCGUCUCUUUGUGCUGUGGCGUGGCAUUGCCCAUUGCUGCAGAAAGUGCAUGUGGGAAACCAGGACAAACUGAGCGACCAUGCCCUCAAACAGUUGGGUGAACACUGCCCAGAGCUGAAGGACGUACAUUUUGGGCAGUGCUACAAUGUCAGUGAUGAGGGUCUGAUAGCGCUGGCGAAGGGUUGCCCCAAACUGCAGAGGAUCUACAUGCAAGAAAACAAACUGGUGACUGACAGAUCAGUGCAGGCGUUUGCAGAACACUGUCCAGAGCUGCAGUUUGUGGGCUUCAUGGGCUGCUCGGUCACCUCACAGGGAGUUAUACACCUCACCAGGCUGCGGAACCUGAGUAGUCUGGAUCUCCGGCACAUCUCUGAGCUGAACAACGAGACGGUGAUGGAGGUGGUGAGAAAUUGCCGGAACCUCAGCUCCCUCAACCUCUGCCUCAAUUGGAGCAUCAACGAUAGCCCUUUUCCCUCGUUUGGAAGUGGAUAAAAUCUCAUUGCUCUUUCUUGGCACUGGAUCAAGCAAUGUUUCUGUUCCGAAAUUCAUUUGGGAUUCCGGCUAUUGGCUUUUGCAAACCACUCAGGCCAGGAGACAUCUGUUUUACUGAAUUCCUAAUGUCUCUGUGUCACCAGUGUCAGAGGAGCUGCUGGGAAACUCGUCUUGUGGUGUAACUUUUUCCUACAAGAUGCCUGUUUUUAGUGGGGUGCUCCAAAAAAUGGAUUAAACUCAAGUUUGUGCCAGUGCUCUCUCAAGUUCCUGCAGACUGGAGCAGGUUUUCUUCUAGGAUUGCUCUGUAUUUGUACAUUCCUCAGCUCUGAACAGUUUCCCAGUCCCUGCUGAUGAAAUGCAUCCCUGCAAUAUGAUGCUACCACCAUCAUGCUUCACUGUGGAGAUGCUGUUCUCACAGUGAUGAUCAGUCUUGGAUUUUGGCCAAACAUAGCACUUUGUGGCAAGGUCAAAAAGUUUUGGUCUCAUCAGAUCAGAGAACCUUUUUCAAGUUUGUGGAAUUUGGGAUUUCAUUUUUUUUUUCUGAAUAAUUGCUUUCUAAAAUCCAGCUUUGUGGCAUUUCCAGGCUAUAUGUCCUGUGAACAUUAUAAAAAAAAAUGGAAAUAAUAUGGCAUAACUGUGACUCUGCCUAGCAAAGGCCUCUUGGUUGCUUCUCUGACUAAUGCCCUAAUAUGUCACUGACUCUUGGUGGAUGGACUCAUCAAGGUAGAGUCGCUGUUGUGCUAUAUUCUUUCCAUUGUUUAAUAAUGUAUUUAAUGGUGCUUCAUGAGAUGUUCAAAUGUUGGGAUAUUUUACAAACAAACCCUGACUGAUACUUUUCCAUUCAGCUAGUUAUGUCAAUUAUGAUGGCAACUGUUUGCACCAGAUCUAUUUUAGGUGUUUCAUGUUUUACUUAUAAAUAAUUUUCAAAUUUUCUUUCACAUCAAUAUUAUGGACUUUAAAAAUGUUUUUGUUUUUAUUUUAUUUUAUUUUAUUUUAUUUUUUUGUGAAUUCAAGUCAUAUAAUCCCAAUUCAAUCCAACACCACAAAAUGUGGACUGUAUCUGUCGUAAUUUAUGGAAAUUAUAUUACACAGUGCAAAGAGUUGCAUUUUUGUGCAAAGAGUAGUAUUUUUUCUAUUUAACAUACAAAACCUAUGUUAGUAGGUUUGUAAAUUACACAAAUAGUGGAAAUGCAUUUGAUCUGAUAUAUAAACCUUUAGUGAAUCCUUUGUCUAUAAAACUGCAUGUGAGGAGCAGCUCUAUUGAGUCAAAUAUUCCUCAUGUUUGCCGAUUACUUGCUUCCAUUAAAAAAAGACCCUUAGCCUUUUAGUGCUGAAGUGCAACUCUGACAUGUUUUUCUCCCUCAUGUAAUCAGAAAUCCUACAAAAAAAAAUUGAAUUACCCUUCUUACACAAUAGUUCACUCAUAUUGUGUACUGAUUUGUUGCCACUGCCAAAAAUGAGCCUGUCACGUUUUGUGCCAGUUUAUCAGCUACAGCAGCUUUUCCUCACUGUUGAAACAGCAAAGGUAAUGAAUGCUAAUCUGACUUUCUGAGCUAGUAGUGAGGAAGAAAAAUUAUAUUAAUUUGUAUUGUGAGAGACAUCUGAGGCAUAUUUUCUGUAAUUAAAGCUGGGUUGCAUAAUUGAAAUACCUGCAAUUUGUCAUGGUAUCGGGAAAUUACAUGCCAUGAUGUGAGCCAUUUCUUCAUUCGGCAGAAUUUGUUGUUAUAGACUUUUCCUCCCUUCUGCCACCUCUUCAUAUCCAUUAGUUUAAUGAAUGCUAUCCAAUUUAGUCUCUGCCAUGAACAUGGCAGUAAUGUUGUUCUUUGCACUCUGCAGAACAUGCUGCGCUCUCAUUAAAAUAAAUGGUGGUAAUCAAAGUGUGUGACAAUUAACGGAUCACGUGAGUUUCUUCUCCGGUCAUCUUGCAUUUGGCUGGUGAUAUGUUCUCCAGGGGUGCCAUAAUGGUCUCCAAACUCCAGGCAUGAUAGACCCUGGGGGAUACACUCCUAAAACAUUAAACCGUAAACAAUGCCAAGGCCAUCUCGCAUGAGCUGCUGGGGUUGCGAGUUUACGCCUUACAUAAAUACUGGUGAAGUCAAUCAAGUGUGUGUUUGGAUCCUAAUUGAAUUAGAGAGACAAGAUGCUUGCCUGAUGGCUAAUUUAGGAAGCUUUAGACCUGGUUAGGAACCUAAGUUGCUCACAGAAUCACUCCAGCAGGAAAACUUUGUCUCAAGUAGGCUGUGAUAUUAUACCAUUUUAAGGAAUUAGUACAGUUCCAUUACCGUUAUGCUAUCCAAGGAAUAAAACACAACAAGGUAUGCUGAUACAGGAACGCGAACAACGACACGACAGGGUGAUGCAAUACCAUUACCAACCCAAAGUUGAUUAUUUUCCUAUCAUAGCAUGUUUUAUUCCUCUUGAACCAUAGCAAUUUGCCAAUGCUAACUUCUCUAUGUCAGAAAACGUCAUGUUACAGCUUUACAUUGGACUGUUAAAAAGCAGAGACUCCUUCCAUGAAUGUUAAAUAAGUGUGUCCUCACAGAAAACUUCACCAUAUCAAGUUACACUUUUUUUUUUUUUUUUGUGGCGCGUCCAACAUGCAAGCCCAUUUAUAUAUUGUUACUAUAGAAACCAUUACAUAUUAAGAAUGUAUUAAUAUAAACUUGCGAUUUUGUCCAGAGAUCACAAGUUCAAGUCCUGACGAUGCCACAGAUGCCACGGGAGGCCAGGAGAACUAAAUCCAUGCUUCCUGAGUGGGAGGGGUGACAUUAUUCUCUCUCCCUGUCAGUCGCAGCAACACUAGCCAAUCGUGAGCGUCUGUGAGCUCAUGCACGCAGAAGGGGGCGGAUAAUGCUUCGUGACGCAGCAUGAUAAGCAGUUCAAAAAGAUGAGGUUGGCUGGCUUCACCCGUUUCACCUGAGGAAGCCUUCACUCUUCCUGAUUGCUGGCUGUUGUUACCAGAUUUUAAAACAUGAAAAAAUUGCUAAACUAAUUUUAGAUUAUGUAUUUAUAUAUAAAAUAUAUUAUUUUAUAGCUUGGUUUAAAAACAUACUAGCAGUAUGACUAACAGCUGCAUUUAUUGGCAGUAGCUCCUGGGUGUCUUUCCUGCCUGCUUAUUUUCCCUCCCUUUCCGUCUGUUGUCUCCGGGCUGUAUGUCUUAUCACUGUCGGCCACGGGGCACAGCCAGCUCUCCUGAGUUAUGUUGGACUGUGGCUCGGUAGAUUGGGACAAGAACCAGCUCCACUCCACAGAAAAGCAAUUUACAGCUGUAGAUUUCACUUUUUCUGCCAUGAGAAUUUAUUUAAACCACAAAUCUGAGCAAACUUUCCAAACCAACAAAGUAAAUUAAGUAAAUCAGCCUUUAACAAAUCUCGUAAAGCAGUUUUUGUACAGUGAAAGCAUAUAUUCUCUGGUGGCUUUUAUAUAGCAUAUUGCUGAUUAUUAAGAUUAUUGAAUUAUAUUAAGUAUAGCGAUAAGACAUUACAAAUACAUCUUUCCAUUUUGCUCGCAUUGUAGUGCCAGAAAAGUACUUAUAGAAGUUUUUAAAUGUUUCCAGAGUUCCAAAGUAUUAAACUUGAUCACUAUUUUCAGAAAAGCUAAACUUUAAAGAAUUUAUCACACUGAGCAAACCUUUUGAAAAUAAUGCCCUCUAUGAAGUCAAAAUUUGUGUCAGUAACUAAUUCUUUGUAUACAUUAUUCUAUAGGAUGAUAUAAAACACAUUUACUACAAAAAUAAUUUUCAGAAGUGCUGUGUGUACUCCUUGCGAUGAGAAGCUCCUGCCUUCCAUUUUAUUAAGACUGCAGACCAAAGUUUGCAAGAUACAUUUGUAUUCUUUCUAUUAUGCUUUUGAACCUUUGCAAUCUUAAAGUGUUCUUCUGAUGGAAAUACAUAAUAUUUUUAGUCAUAUUUUAAUCAUAUUUUUAGUUAUUGGUAGCUAUAGCCUAGACUUACACACACCGGCCACUUUAUUAGGAAUGCCCGUACACCUGCACAUUCGUGCAGUUAUCCAAUCAGCCAAUCAUGUGGCAGCAGCACAAUGCAUAAAAUCAUGCAGAUACAGGUCAAGAGCUUCAGUUAAUGUUCACAUCAAACAUCGGAAUGAGGAGAAAAUGGCAUCUCAGUGACUUUAACCAUGGUAGUUUGUACCAGAUGGGCUGGUGUGAGUAUUUUAGAAACUGCAGAUCUCCUGGGAAUUUCACAUGCAACUGUCUCUAGAGUUUACAUAGAAUGGUGCGAAAAACAAAAAAUAUCCAGUGGGUGGAAACGCCUUGUUAAUGAGAGAGGUCAGAGAAAAAUGGCCAGACAGGAUCGAGUUGGCAGGAAGGCUAUGGUAACUCAACCACUUUUUACAACUGUGGUGAGCAGAAAAGCAUCUCAGAAUGAACCACACAUCAAACCUUGAGGCAGAUGAGUUACAACAGCAGUAGGAUCCACUCUUAUCGACCAAGAACAGGAAUCUGAGACUAGAGUGGGCGCAUUCACACCGAAACUGUACAGCUGAAGACUGGCUAAUUGCUAAUGAUGACUGAAUAACUGCACGAGUGAGCAGGUGUUCCUAAUAAAGUGGUCAUUUGCCAACGAAGGAUUUCUUUACAAAUGCUCCUUAACAUUAUGGGCUUCUUCUUUGAAGUGCACUGGAGAAAAGGAAAAUUCUGUAGUGCCUGACACUUUUAAAUGGCUGAGAAAUGCUGCAGCUCCAUCAUGAAGAAAUGGGCCCUUUUAAUAACAUUACUCUAUUGAGCACAACACAAGGUUGCUAGGUAUGCUAGUUUUAGCUAGCUAGUAUUAUAUUAGCUUAACAAGACAUGCGGUAUAAGACAUAGUUUUUCCUAGAAGAUAAAACGUAUCAGAGUAGUCUGGAGUCUAGCUAGCUGAGCAUGUGACCAGAGUGGCACAUGCAGCCAGCACAUAGCGAACAACCUUCAUAAUUAUUUUAUAUUAUCCAUAUUUUCAAAGUGAGUGUGCAAAAAUCAGUGGAAAAACAUUUUACCUUUUGACUGAUUCUGACAUUUUUGUCUCAUUUUUACUGUUGAGGAAAAUGUCAUAGCAUUUCAUGAUAUAUUUUUAGUGGAAUGGUGAAUUAUUACUUGGUUAUAGUUUAGUUUUUGUCAUGGGGAAAAAGGUCAUUGUUGAAUAUUUUUCAUCAACAGAAUAAACCCUUGUAAAUUGUAUUUCGUUUUUCCUUUUUUUCAGUCAAAUCCAGCAUUUCCUAAUAUUCCUUUCUUUCUUUCUAUAUAUAAUUGAUGUUAAUUGAGGGUGACUGAAUGGAGGGCGCAUGGCCUUGAGGUUUUGUAUGCACCUUCAAGGCUGUGAAGGUUAGAGGACUGGCGAUUGAAUGGUUUUAUUCUUUGUGAUAAAUACAGCCUUUUGUGUUCAGUGCUUGCAGUAGUUAGUCUAGUCAUUCAUUUUUUUUUAGCAUGUUGUCUGGAAUUCGAGAUAAUUUGGGAUAAUUUGUAGGUUGUACUGAACACUGAUUGAACUCAGUGUUUUGUUUUGUUUCAUUUAUUUGGGUUCCCUGAUGUUUGUGUAGCGAGUGUCUUUACCAUACAAGUACUUUGCUCUGCAACUACAGGCUUCUGUUGUACGUUAUAAUUUUAAAUGUGUGACUUGGAUUUCUAUAGACUCAUGCUUUACUUACACACAUCUCACACAUGUCUCGCUGGUGUGGGUUUAAAUGCUGAUUACAGUGGAAGCAUAUCUGCUCUGUGUGAAUAAAAAGACCCCAUAUUAGCUUUCAGUGUGAAACGGCUUUUAGUAGUCAUAACUGAGAUAAAAUCAUGAAGCCUGUUUUAUUUAGUUAGUAGUUGGUGGAAGAUGUAGGACAUACAUAGUGUACACUCACAAUUCUUUGUUUGAUCCCUGCAUUUUUAUCAGGAUGGGACAGAUUACUAGAGAGCUUUUCUUUCAGUACAUUGUCUUCCUGUCAAAGACGUAUGAAAGUGUACUGGGUUAUACAGGUACACCACACUUAGCAUGUUUUUUUUUCCAAGCUGGAACAUCAGCAAUCACUGACGUCUCCUGAGAAAGCCCUCCACCAGAACCUGAAGCUUAAAUCAUGCUAAAGUCACCAUUCAUGUCCUGUUCGGGGUGGUGAGGCCUUCCACACGCAUAUCCUUUACCUUUAUUGCCUGACAGCUGAUGACUUUAUUUUUGUUUUUCUUCUCUCCGGUGUGACAGCACACUGACACACACACACAGGCACACAGUGACCCUGUAGAGAUACACACAUACACCAUCACCGUCUUGUUUAUUGCUUGUGCCUCCCCUCUUCUUUUUCGAGCACCUGUCUCUUUUAAUAAGGACUUGUAAACAAGGACAGAAUCACUCUGCCAUUGUGAACACACUUUACACUUGGAAGUAUAUUGUUUCAACAGUCUUUAGCUGAGACUGAAGUCAAGUGUUAUUUAAAAUAAAAAGGAUUAGUUAAUGGAUCUUAAUGAAUUAAUGCUCUUUGACAAAUGCACGCUUGCGGCCUUGUUUUGCAUAAGUGUUGCUAAUUAUGCACAAAUGCCACUUUAUUUAUUAAGAAUUGUAUGUUUAAGGUCAUCAGUUAAAUGUGACCUAUGACCAAAUUCUCAGAGAGCAAAUACUGUUUGUAUCUAGGGAUGUGGUAGCUCAGUGGUUAAGAUGUUGGACUUCUGAUCAGAAGGUUGUGAGUUCAAAUCCCCGCACCGCCAGGCUGCUACUGCUGGGCCCUUGAGCAAGGCCCUUAACCCUCAACUGCGCAGUUGUAUAAAUGAGAUAAUUGUAAGUCGCUCUGGAUAAGGGCGUCUGCCAAAUGCCAUAAAUGUAUUGUUACAGAAGUACAUAUCUGUCUUUACAUAUUUACUCACGAAACAUUUAAAAAGUAAUACAUUAAACCUAUUCUAGCAAUUACUAUAUAUUAAAAGGCCAGUGUUUCUCACACAAAACUGAUGAGACUAAAUGUAGUAUUGUUUAAACUGAGAUGUGUCUCUGAGUUUCAGGACCUAGUCCUUCUCAUUUAUAUUCCACACAUUGGCCUAACUGAACACUUUUUGACUGUUUUCAUGUGUACUCUAAUGAUGUUACCUACUCAGAUCGGGGAUUCUGCCAUAGAGUUUGUUGGAUUUUUAGUUGUCACUGUUGUCUGCUAUUAAUACAGUCCAACAUUCAUUCCUUAAAAAAAAACAAAAAAAAAAAACAUUGCUGGCAGAUAUUAUAAAAUUUUCUAUAAAAUAUUAUCUAUGUUAGCUAUUAUUAACAGAUAUGACAAUCAAUGCCUAUGUUCUUACUAAUUAAAGUAGAUAGCAUCUCUCGGCUGCACCUUGCCAUGAGUUUUGCUUUAUCACUCCAGUUAAAUUAAUUUGGUUAUAUGUGGUGUGGGUGUGACAGGUUUUUAUCACAUCACCAUGUGUUAAGUUCAUCUGUCAGCGUGACUGGUAUGUUCAAUGUGUCUGUGUGUUUUUCUCUGGAUUAUUGUCACUAUAGUUAAAAGCGAUGAGCUCUCCCUUUCCUUCUCUGUCCACUUGUUCUGCUUUCUCUGCUCUUUUUUGACAUGCAGCCUAAUUGCUUGAUGUUGGGGGUGUCUUUGUUGUCAUGGAGACUAUAACAUUCCUUUAUUAGACAUCAAGGCCUCAGGUUAUGACUGGCCAAUGCCAUUACCACAAAGUGCUUUUCUAAAAUGGCCCAUAAUAUUUUGCUAAUAAGACACAAAUUUCAUCAUUAUACUUGUAUAUAAUCAUCAUCAUCAUUAUCGGCAUUAAUAAAUCCAUAGUAUUCCACAAAUAGAUGAUGUGUGUGUCCAGAGCUCAUUUCAUUCACACAGUUUCCAUUAGUACAGCUUGGCCUUGAAGAUCUAUUUCUCAUACCCUCUAAAUCAGAUCCAGGUUGUCUAUAAAAUCGCCAGUGUUCCUUAUUGAUGUCAAUCCUAAUUAGCAUUACCAUAACCCCUGAGUGCAGGCCACUCCGUAACAAGCUCUCUGAGGAGAAAAAGGACUGCUUGUCCUCCUCUCUUCUUUCCGCUGUGGAUAGAUGUGCUCAUAUGGAAGCCACUGAUUGUCGCUAACGUCAGAACCCCGAUACCACAAUGGAACAUUAUGAUGCCGGAUCAUUAGCAAGAUCAUGCUAGAAGGUUGCUGUCAGAUCGGUUUGCUUGGGCAGAAUGACCUCCCUGGCGCCAGUGGUCCUGCGCUUUCGCUGAGGUAAAGUGCCUCUUCAAAGCUGAGAAAAGUGAAUUAGUCUCCCAAAAUGGCAUCUAUACAUUAGAUAGAAAACUUCAAAAGAGCUGUGUUUCUUGACUUAAUGGAGAAACAAUGGCUUUUCACUGGACUUUUACCACAGUUAUAAAAGAGGAUCAACUGUGAGUUACUUUGUAGAUUUUUUUUUUGUUUCCCAGUUCAGCACAUUUAAAAUAUCAUUUGAGACAGAAAUGGAAAAUGAUGAGCAGUGUGGCUGAAGGUUGGAGCGCCGAGUGGUCUGCCUUUUUCGAAAAGCAUGAGCCCCAAAUUCAAUUGUCCUCCUUGAAAUGGGACUAUCCAGAUCAGUGAACUGAAGCUUAUAACAUGAGGUUUACUUUAAGGGAAGCAGAUCAUGCUCCUUCUAAUUCUUGUAAUGUGCAAUUUACUGCCGUUGCAACAUUUUAAAAUAUAACUCAUACAGAGCCAAGCAGGUUUUCAGACAUACAGUCCCCUCCAAAAGUAUUGGAACGACAAGGCCAAUUCUUUGCUUUUUGCUAUGCACUGAAGGUUCGAGAUCAAAAGAUGAAUAUGAGACGAUAGAUCAGAAUUUCAGCUUUCAUUUUCCGAUAUUUACAUCUGGAUCUGUUAAACAACUUAGAACAUGGCACCUUUUGUUUGAACCCACCCAAAUGAUCAAAAAUAUUCAAGUGAUCAAUAUAUAAGAACAUGUAACUGGCAGGCGUUUCUUGUUGCCCAGGUGUGCUCUGUUUGAUUGUUUAAACAAUUACUAGUUCUGAAUGUCUACUCUUGGUGUGAGCCCUGGGUUUCACCUGUGAAGACCUCAUUUGUUGUUAAAAACAAUAAACCAACAUGAAGACCAGAGAGCUGUCUGUGGGAGAAAUGCAAGGCAUUUUGAAUCUGAGAAAAGAGGGGAAAAAUCAAUCAGAGCCUUUGCACAAGCAUUGGGAAUAGCCAGUACAACAAUGUGGAAUGGACUGAAAAAGAAAGAAACCACAGGUGUACUAACAAGCAGGCAUCAAACAGAUUGGCCAAGGAAAACAACAGCAGUUUCUUCUUUCUGUGAAGAAAAACCCCAAAACAACAAGCAGUGACAUUACCAACAACCUCCACAGAGCAGGGGUGAAGGAACCAUAGUAGUGUUAUGGCUUGGGUGGCUGCUUCUGGAACAGGCUCACUAAUCUUUAUUGAUGAUGUAACUCAUGAUGGUAGCAGCAGAAUGAAUUCGGAAAUCUACAGAAACAUUCUGUCUGCCAAGUUACAGAGAAAUGCAUCCAAUCUAAUUGGGAAGAACCUCAUCAUGCAGCAAAACAGUGACCCAAAACACACUGCCAACUGCCAAGUCAGUCACCAGACCUUAACCCAAUUGAGCAUGCAUUUCACCUCCUGAAAAGGAGACUGAAAAAAAGAUAUUCAUUGCUUGAUCUCAAACCCAAAUGUCUUCAGUGUCAAAGCAGAGACAAAAGAAUUGGCCUUGCCAUUCGAAUACUUUCAGAGGGGACUGUAUUUGUUCAACAUAAUUCACAUUUAUGUCAAAAGAAUGUCUUGGUUUAAACCAGGACGAAAAAGACCUGGCCUGCUUCAACUGGUUUGAUCCACACCAGGUUUGAGUAUAGACUUUGAACAUGGACUUGCUUCCUUUGCAAACUGGGAUUAUGAAUUUUGAUAAAUACAAGGCUUACAUGAGCGAGUGCUACACUUAAUACAGAGGUUAAUGGAGUCAAACAGAUGGAUUAGAAUUUGUAUUUGCUAACACAACUCAUCAGAAGUGUAUAAAGGGAAUUGUUUUGCAGCUUUGCUGUGAUCUCUGCUGCUUUUUUCCAGUGUGCUUCUGCUCUACCCUGGACCUGAGAGAGACUGGUGAACAUAUGAGCGAGAUGAACAUGGGCACAGCUGACUUUCUUCAUUUGAAGUCUCUGCAUUCCUCAUCUCAGAUGCUUUUCUCCAUGUUAAAGCUUUUCUAGCUUUUUAUCAGAUCGGAUUCAGUUACAGUUUUAAUUUUCUACUGAAGCAUUUUUGACAAAUGUCUAUUAAAUCGGUGAAGAAAAGCCUGCCCAGAGGUUACUUUUAAUCAACAGGGUGUUCGUUGGUUACAGUUACUUACUUUGGUGGUGUGAGACUUUAACCUACUGUUGCUGUUUUGUGUGCAGCUGAAAUAAAGCUUGACUUCUCACUGUUGUGACCUUUAUAAACAUUGUGAGCCUUUUAAGACCUGCACUCUUAUUUGACCCUAUUCUUUCUCGUAUGCUUUCUUG